AUGGAGCUCAGUCCACUUCUUCUUGUGCUCUUACUGAUUUCAAACAUCCAGUCUGGACACACUGAAGAGCAAACUGAAGCUGUUUUGACAUUGAAGCCUGGAAAUCAGAUGUUCAGAGGAGAAACAGUCACUUUCAGAUGUGACAUACAGGGUGGAGGAGACAUUGAGUGGACAUACAGCUGGAUUGUAAAGAGUACCAACAACAGUUAUAGAAACUCUGUCAAUCAAUGCAAGACACAAGAGUGUGACAUCAGCAGUGUUGAACGCACACACAGUGGUAAAUACACCUGCAGAGGAAGUUCAAGUGAUGGACAAAACUCAAAGAUCAGUAAUGCUGUUAAACUGACUGUUUUAAAUUGGAAAGCAGUUUUAAGUGUUUCUCCACAGAAGUGGGUGACUGAAGGAGACUCGGUGACUCUGAUCUGUGGGGUUAAAAACUCCUCUUCAUCUUGGAAAUUCAGCUGGUACAAAGAUGAUGAUGUGUUAAAUUAUAAACUCCUGUCAGACAGCAGCAGAGGAGCUGGAGGAAACUACACUCUCAGUUCUGCUGCUGUAAAUCACACAGGAGUUUAUAAGUGCAGAGGAGAGAGAGGAGAACCAGCGUAUAACACAGAGUACAGCAACACACAGCUAAUAUGGGUCACUGGUGUCUCUCCUUCAGUCUCUCUGAUCAUCAGUCCCAACAGAUCUCAACACUUCACAUCUGCCUCUCUAUCUCUGAGCUGUGAGGAUCAGAGUAACUCUACUGGAUGGACAGUGAGAUCAUACAAAGGCAGAUUAAGUGUUUGUUCACUUUCACACCAGGCAUCACAAACAGGAUCUACAUGUAGAAUCAGUCACAUCUACAAAAAUGACACUGGAGUGUACUGGUGUCGCUCUGAAUCUGGAGAGAAGAGUAAUCCUGUUAAUAUCACUGUACACAAUGGUGAUGUGAUUCUGGAGAGUCCUGUUGAUCCUGUGACUGAAGGAGAUUCUCUGACUCUACGCUGUUUACAUCGAAAUUCAAAGCCCUCAAACGUCAGUGCUUAUUUUUAUAAAGAUGGAUCCCUCCUCCAGAAUCAGACUAAAGGAGAGAUGAUCAUCCCCACUGUCUCAAAGUCACAUGAGGGUUUCUACUACUGUAAACACACAGAGGGAGGAAAGUCACCCAAGAGCUGGAUCUCAGUCAGAGCCUCAAAACCUCUGUCUCAUGGCCUGAUAACGGGAGUGACUGUAGGACUGAGUGUCACGCUUUUGAUCAUUGUCAUACUGAUCCUGCUGUGGUGCUACAAAAACAACAAAGGUGGAGGAUCUUUGUCUCCCUCUACUGUCAAUCAACAGCAGAAUAUCAGUCAGACAUCAGAGCAGGACCAAAGUGAAAGUGUAUAUACGGCACUGCACUCCGAUGUCACUGGGGAGGAGCCAAGUGAUGUCAUGUAUUCACAGGCCAACGAGGAGAAAAAGAAGCUUAAGAGCAAAGGCUCAGUAACAGGGCCUACAGACCUAACCUAUGCUGAGAUUGAACUGAAAUUUCACAAGGAUGUAAAGAAAAAUAUAGGAAACAUUGGGAAUACCAGCAAUGUAACACCUGCUGACACUGUGUACUCUGAACUGAACAUGGGAAUGGAUCAAGAGGAUCAAGGUUUUUAUGGAUCAAGUGAUGUGACCUACGCACAGGUUAAUAAAAAUAAAAGACCAGAGGAGAAACUUGCAACAAGCAAAUAAUUAAAAGCUUGCAGUUUUUAUGCUAAUGAUAUUACAUAUUGCUGUGCAUCUUCCAUAAACUAGGCCUUUAAGUCUUUAAAAAAGUCUAAACAGUAUAAAAUGCUUCUGAUGUAAUAAAUUCAGCUUUACAAAGCUUGUUUUUAAUGUAGAUAAAUCCAAGCUUAUUGUUUUUUUUCUAUAUACAGAACAUACAAUGGAUUCAAAGUAUUGUUAAUUUGCAAAGUCAGCAAAUUGAAGUGGCCUCUAAUUUUAAAAGCUUGGAUUUUUAUGUAACUAAUUGUCAAGCCUUU